AUGUGUUUUUGACACAGCCUACGCCUAGCAAUGAACCACAAACACAGCAUGGUCAGACUUUUGGAAGGGAUGAGAGCAAGAAUUGGAGUGAAUUAUAAAGAAACGCAGAGCAACGUAUUUCGAACUUUCGCAAUAGUUUGACUUUCCCACCGCCCUGUUUCCCCGGCAACUGGUCGCAGGGAAGCCCUUACUUAAGCCUACUAUCCACCGAGGGAUUCCCGAAAUCAGUCUUUAUCGCCCGCCCCCAUGCAGUUCCGCAUCCUUAUUUCUGGCGCCUUGGAGAUUCAUUCGUUGAAAGGAAGAAUACAAUGAGUAGAAGUUCCCCCGCGAUGAUUGGGAACUUCUUUUCCCACCUAGGUCCGAGAAUCCUAGUGCUCUUCUCACUGUUUUCCGGAGUGCUGGGUGACUGUGGACCUCCACCACGAUUGAAAAAUGCUGAGCCAUUUGAUCCUAUUAAACCUUCUUACAAACCUUAUGAGUACGUAGUCUUCAAAUGUCUUCCUGGCUAUAGAGAAGACUCCAGCAAACCAUACAUGACAACUUGUUCUCCAGACAAAGGAUGGAACCCAUUGGAAGAGUUUUGUGAGCGUGGCUGUAAGAAUCCACGUGAGACCAGAUUUAGCGUAGUGGUUGAAUUUCUUCGUUUCUACCCCGUGGGAACAGUUGUGCACCAUGUUUGCCAUCGAAGCGCUAUCCACAUUCCUGGUCGUCCAGAAAGGCCUGCUAUUACUUGCUUGUCAAAUUAUACCUGGUCAUCAGUCCCAGUUUUUUGUAAAGGACUACCAUGCGGUGAUCCAGGGAAACCAGAAAAUGGUGACCGUAUUAUGCUAAUGGAUUUCCUGCUAAAAGCAAAAGUAAAUUUCAGCUGUAAUGAAGGGUACCAAUUAAUUGGAUCACCUACAAUCCAGUGCUUAUCACGUGCAUAUGAUAAUAAUACAGUCGUAUGGAAACCAAAGCCUCCAAUAUGUUUCAGGCCCACUUGUCCUCCUCCUCCAGAAAUAAAGAAUGGAAUUUAUACUGGAGGAAAGAAUGUAACUUUUCCUCUUUACUCAAAUGUGACCUAUACCUGUGAUCUUGGGUUUUCACUUUCUGGAGGUGAUCUUCUGCAUUGUAUAACUGAAGAUAAUAAAACUGGGAUCUGGAGAGGGUCUGUUCCUGAAUGCAAAGAUAACAUGGGCAGCUUCCACAAAGAAACAUACUUCGGAGUUUUGUUCUUUUUUCUCCAUUAAGCAAGAAAAAUUCUUUCGCCCUUCUAUAUGCAAAAUAACACAUCUGGAUUUAACAAUAAACCUUAUAUAUUUUGUUGAAUACAACUAUAUGUAACAAACAUAUGUAUUUAACUAAAUGUAAGUAGAAAAUUAAAAUAUUUUAAAUACUUUUAUAAA